AUGAAAGAGAACCUUCAUCUUAGUACAAUCAAGGGAAAGCUAUGCGGUUCGAGUCAGGAGCCGGAACAGGAAUCCUCCUCUCCUCAGAUUCUAGGCUUAUACAACUUCCGAGACGCUGGAGGCUACGAAUUGUCUGGCAACAAAUCUGUGCGAAGAGGGUUUCUCUUCCGCUCAGCCAACCUGGGAAAUGUCUCCCAAGCUGGACUUCAGACCCUGCGAGAUCACUUCGGUAUCAGAAACAUCUUCGACCUCUGUUCAGACGAAAACUACAAGCCAACCAUUGCCAUCGAAGGCAUUACCAUACAGCAUAUUCCCGCCGUCAGUUGGGAAGAGAGCCGAAAAACACUCCUUAAAUAUUUCAACCGACUUUCUUAUGACGUAGUCGAAAGUUUCAUGGUGAUCUAUGAGCACUACUGUACCGUGUCUGCGCCCGCGUACAGAGCCAUUUUUGCACACAUCCGGGAUGGGUUCGACCUCCCACUUCUUGUUUACGAUGACUUGGGGAAGGACCAGACGGGAGUCUUCAUUGCAAUUGUCCUCAAGUUGCUGGGAGCGUCGGAUGAGGAUAUCAUCGAGGAGUACCACCGUUCUGAGGCGGAAAUUGCGGGACUGAUUCCUGAGAAGAGUGCGAGACUUCCUGGCCUUCCAAUCUUUGAUGGUCGUCCACCUGAGAAUCUUGAGAAACACUUCCUGGCACCAAGAGAGGUCAUGAGAGCGUUCCUUGUGUACCUUGACUUGACUUAUGGUGGAGGCGAAGGAUACAUGACGUCUCUGGGAUUUGUUGAUGUCGAGAUCGAACUCAUCAAGAACAAUCUUAUCGAGAGCAAGUCUGCGUGA